GGGGGCAGACAGAGACGGACAGACCGACCAACAGCGGCUGCAGCAGCGGCAACGGGUGUGAUGGCAGAGUGACUCCCCUGUGCCGGCGGUUUCACAGUUUUGAGAGGGUGAGACAGUAUGGCGUCACGACACGCUUACAACGACACGGCCCCCUUCCUGACGCAGGCGGAUAACACGGAGGAGAUGAGGGACGGAGGGCCAGUAUCUCGAGCGUCGGAUGACGAAGAGGAGAGCGAGGGGCGCGGAGCGGACGAUGUGGAGGCGGUGACCGGAAUCUCGUACCGGCGCUCUGUCAUCAUUGUGAUGAUUCUUUUCUACAUUAAUCUCCUGAACUAUAUGGAUCGUUUCACUGUGGCAGGUGUGCUCCCGGAUAUUGAAAAUGCCUUUCAGAUCAAGGACAGUGACUCUGGAUUAGUACAAACAGUAUUCAUCUGUAGUUACAUGGUGUUGGCACCGGUUUUCGGGUACUUAGGGGACCGUUACAACAGGAAGUACAUCAUGUGCUGCGGUAUCUCCUUCUGGUCUGUUGUCACGCUGUGCAGCUCGUUCAUUCCCAAGCAGCACUUCCCCCUGUUCCUGCUCACCCGAGGACUGGUCGGGGUGGGAGAGGCCAGCUACUCCACCAUCGCACCCACGCUGAUCGCCGACCUCUUCGUGGCAGACCAGCGCAGCCGCAUGCUCUCGUUCUUCUACUUCGCUAUCCCCGUGGGCUGUGGCCUUGGAUACAUUCUGGGAUCAAAAGUGACCAGCGCUGCCAGCGGAGACUGGCACUGGGCGUUACGGGUGACCCCAGCUCUGGGACUUAUCGCUGUUCUGCUCCUGGUCAUCUUUGUGAAAGAGCCACCUAGGGGCGCCGUGGAGAGGAGAACGGAUAGACCCCUGACCAACACUUCCUGGGCAUCUGAUAUAAAGGCCCUGCUGAAAAAUCCUAGCUUUGUGCUGUCAACACUCGGAUUCACCACCGUGGCUUUCGUUACCGGAGCCCUAGGUCUCUGGGCCCCCUCUUAUCUGAUGCGGGCACGGACUGUGUUAUGCAAGGACGAGCAAUGUCAGACCCCUGAUUAUGAUGACAGUCUGAUUUUUGGGCUGGUCACGGUCGUGACUGGUCUGCUGGGGGUUGGGGCUGGAGUGGAGAUCUCUAAACGCUACCGGAAGGUGAACCCGCGUGCGGACCCGUUAGUAUGUGCCUGCGGACUGCUCGGAUCGGCCCCGUUCCUGUACCUAUCCUUGGUCUUCGCAGACACCAGCCUUGUGGCCACUUAUGUUUUUAUCUUCAUCGGUGAGACUCUGCUUUCUUUGAACUGGGCAAUCGUGGCUGACAUUCUGCUGUACGUCGUCAUCCCCACAAGACGCUCCACAGCGGAGGCCAUGCAGAUCAUGGUGUCGCACUUGCUGGGGGACGCCGGCAGCCCCUAUCUCAUUGGGGUGAUAUCCGACAAGAUCCGCAGCGGGAAACCAGACUCCACCCUUCUGAAGUUCCGCAGCCUAGAGUACGCCCUCAUGCUCUGUGCUUUUGUGGGUGUGAUAGGCGGAGCUUUCUUCCUGGUAACCGCCCUCUUUAUCGUGAAGGAUCGUAAAAAGGCGGAAAUGUUCUCCCAAGGUCUGCUGACAGAGUCGGACAGUGAUGACAAAAUUGUGGUUCCGAAACGAGGAGGCUCGACGAGGGUUCCAGUCUCCAGUGUUUUGAUAUGACAUGGUCCUGGGGGAUAUCUAGGAAUCACCCGGGGUGGGGAAUGUGCAAUGCAGAAAGAAUGCACUGCUGCUCUUGUGGUCCAGAAACUCAUGGAACCUCGUCCUCAGUGCUUGGGGAGGGGGGCAGCAGAGUGUCUCACCAAGGACCCCUUUGGGAUAGCGCUGAUCACUGCAGGCCAGCGGCAGAGCUUGGAGACUAUCCGGCCGGCCGGGAACCCUUCCUUCUCCAUGUUCUCUUUACCCAUCAGGAUAUUUAUUUGCUUUUAAUUUGGCUUUUGCUGAUCCAUGCCCGCCUGUGCCAACGAUCCUGGAAUCCUUUCCCUUUUAAUUUGAAAAAUAUUUUAUUACAGGAUACGUGUUCUCCAAAUUCUAUAAUCUGUAACAAUGUUUUUCCUGAUCGCACUGGCUGUUUUGCACCGUCAUUGCAUGUAGUAUGUUAAUGUUAAAUCCAGCUGCUUUGGGCUUAACUCCAUGCUACAAGAAGGCGGUAAAGGAGAGUGCAAAAUGGGUGGCAGACUUGUAUAUGUUGUGUUUUAUAAUAUUUAUAACAUAGCGCCGCUUGUGUAGCAGCCGCACAUACAGUAUCCCUGGCUAGCGCCUGAUUUGGGUCCUUUUUCCGUGUAAUGAGGACACGUUCUAGCAAAUCCUGGAAGAAUAAUAUUAACCACUCACCAGUGCAUGUCCACUAGUUCUGCAAACAUACUUUAUGCAGCUGAAUUUGAGGUUCCAGAAACAAGCCAAAAAGCUUUGGUAUUCCUUACACCUACCUGUAUUCCAUUUUGGGAGACACAGAACUUUACGUAUUCCCUUCCCUACACUACCUUGUGCAUUAUAACCGAUUUGUAUAAAGACCUGUGGACAGAGCAGUGCAUAGUGUGACAUGAUCCUGAGCUGUGCUAGUAUGUAAUCCUAUCCUCCCCGUGUUUAUGUGGCUUUGUAGUAAUGUUAUAUGUACUUACAGUUACAGACACCUGGUUUCCCAUCACUUGUGGUCAGUCUGAGCCAGCGUUACACGCUCAGUAUACCAUAAUGCCACCGUGCUGGCAGACGGAUGUUUAUCCAUCUUUGAUUGUACUGGAUCCAGCACAGGUUCUUCAUUGAUGAACGGCAUGAAGUGUGCCCCCCACUCCCUCCCCCAGUCUGUCUUACUGCUUGUUUCCUGAGCGCUUCCCAACUUCCACUUCCCAGUGGGGGGGCAUCCGGCUUCUAUUGCAGCAUUUGUAGUUUGCUCACAUAUGUUAUUUCCUGAGAACUUUGUCUGCAUGGUGCAUAUUGUCUUCUAAGUAUCGGACAGAUAAAUCAAGUUCCUCGUGUCUCCUCUAACAAGACCCGCCACGUCUGUAUAUUAUGCCCUCUUUAACACGUUCCCACGUGACUUUUUCCUGCACAACUAAAUGCAUUGGUGCUCGUGCAUGCACGCCUGAGGUGCCCAGAUCCUCUCAGAGGGUGAAAACUUUUGCACCAUCCCUUAUGCUGCCAUACUGGUGCCCGCAAAUCCAUUCUCUUUGCCAUGAUAAAGCCGGGUGCAUUCGUACAGACAGGAGCAGUUUGUGCGGUGUGGUUGCACACGGUUGUAUAAUGACCCUUAGUGUAUACACUACGUUUAGACAGCCAAGAAAAUUAGCUGGACUCUUUUCUCAUUUAAAAAUGCAGCAAACCGCCAUUGUUCCGUAUUCAGUUGUGCGCUGUGUGUGAAAAGAUAGGAUUAGUGCAGGUGUUGGGUUUAGACACCUAUAAGAAUGGGAAAUCUCUCACCCUGACCUGUUUUUUAAGGGACUGUUGAUACUGUAUUGUCUUUGGGUGCUUUUAACCUAUUUGCUAUUUUUGUUUUGUCAUGGUGUUGUUAUUGCUUGUUAUCCAAAAAGAUAAGAUAACGUUCUACAUCAGGGUUCUGCUCAAGUUUACCCGAUAGGUCGUAUUUUCAAGACUUGAGGCACGGGCAGAUAAAUCUCUAACUUUGCUAGUACUUACAACCCUCCACCCCUGUUCCCGUAGAGGGAUUUACUGACUACAUGGGCCGUCGGGGCCAAAGUUUAGAAACACAGCGGUAGGUCUACAAUGAGAUUCAAACAUGAUCCCUUCUUCUCAUUAAAGUAGAUGGGCAGGAGUGGUACCGUAGUGGAAAGUACUGAAUAUGUAGUUUUUUUCCCUGUUGAUACAACAAGGAUAUUCCUAUCGCUAUCUUAAAUUUACCAACAAAUCUGUGAGCUGCAGUCCUGUGACUGUGGUUGCUAUGGUAGCCAGAUAACAGUGCAGAAUGAUAACAUUAAUAGCAGCCUGAAGAAACAAACCAAGGGAAAAUUAUAAUUACAUUCUUCUAGAAUGUCACAGUGGUUUCGUGGGACUGCUGUUUUAAAUUGAAUGGAGCUGUAUAUGUUCUAUACCUCAUUGCAGGACCUUUUUUAUUUUUAAUUUUUUUUUUAAUUGUUUUUACAUUUGGUACAUUUAUUUAAAAAUAAGUUUUCGUUUUUUUUGUAAAACAGUCUGUUUCUAGAUAGCCCACUUUCAUUUACUGACUGAUUAACUCGUUCAGCAUUUUAUAUUCCCUCUGAGUCGCACAGAUUCCAGUCUGUUCUGUUUGCUUUUGUUCGCUAUAUUCUUAGUAUAAAGUUCUCCUGAUAUUUGCUGUAUAUUUCUUUUUCCUCUAAUAAAUUAAGAAAA